GUUUCCGGAAGUGGUUAAAAACAGCAAGCCGCAUGUGUCAAUGGUGCUCUUAAAUGUGUCUGGGGAGGAAUUCUCGUAUGUACUAAAUCAUAAAAUGUCAAUGUACUGUGUGUGGUCUUAUUACACCCUGUAAUGACUUACGAACAUUCUGAGUUUACACUAAAUGACUUUGAACAGGGGCUGUUUUUUAAGUUAGGUUAAUUUAGUAAAAAUAGCGAACCAUGGAUUCUCCCAAACCUAAACGUCCUCGAAGCUGCGAGAAUCAAGCAGCGACUGAAAAGGACCCGGAGGAGGGAGAAGGCACGCGAGUGGACGUGAGUAUCAUCAUGCCAGUUCACAAUGCUGCUCAUUGGCUGGAUGAGUGUCUGCAGUCCAUCCUGAACCAGGACUUCACAGGAUCCAUGGAGCUGUCGGUCUUUGACGAUGCCAGCACUGAUAACUCCAGGAAAAUGGUGGAGGACUGGAGAGAAAGGCUUGAGACGAAGGGCAUUUCACUUAAGAUCUCUGGCCAUGAUUCUGCCCAACCAAAUGGAGUGGGGUUUGCAAAAAACCAGGCAAUAUUCCAGAGCUGUGGAGAAUACUUAUGUUUCCAAGACGCGGAUGAUGUAAUGAAGCCUCAAAGAGUUCGACUGCAGCAUGAGGCUGCGCUUCGCCACCCACACUCUCUGAUCGGCUGCAGGGUUGAGAGGAUUCCCGAGGGCUCUACAGAACGUUACACUCGCUGGAUCAACAAGCUGACACAGGAGCAGCUCUCCACACAGGUGCUCACGUCACAUGGGCCCACAGUCAUCAUGCCCACAUGGUUUUGCUCAAGAAUGAGUUUUGACAAAAUCGGUCAGUUUGACGAAGGAGGCAAAGGUGUUCCAGAGGACUUGCUGUUCUUCUACCACAGUCUUCGCCAGGGGUUAGGCGUGAGGCGGGUCGACCAGUGUCUGUUGGUUUACCGCUACCACGAAAAGGCUGCCACUCACUCUGUAUCAGAGGACACCAUUUGGAAGCUGCGAGUUGCCUUCCUGCAGGAAAGAGUGCUCACCCAAUGGGAGAGCUUUACCAUAUGGAAUGCCGGCAAACAGGGUCGUAAGCUGUAUCGCAGCCUCAGCCCAGCCAAUCAGAAGAAGGUCAAAGCUUUCUGUGACGUGGAUGAGAAAAAGAUUCAGAAGGGCUUCUACACAUACGAGGAGUCCAAGGAAAGACCCAAACCCAAAAUCCCAGUGGUUCACUUCAAAAAGGCCUCCGCUCCUUUUAUCAUCUGUGUUAAACUGGACUUGACGGGAGGUGUUUUUGAGGAAAAUCUCACCUCACUGCAACUGGAAGAAGGAAAAGAUUACUAUCAUUUCAACUGAGGAGCAAUACUGAACACAGUAAACAUAAACUCUAUGAGAGCAGGUGGUCAUGGGAAAUGGACUGACCUCUACAGCAGUGACACCAUGACCCACUCAGACAUUCUGGUGUCUGGACUCUGGAGUCUCCAAGUCCUGUCCAGUUUCUUCUCACGGCUCCAAAAUCGUUAUGACGAUAUAAAAAUUUCCAGCUUAGUUCCAAUACCGGUUUUAAUAUCUCAAUGAAAUUAAAAAGCCUCUUUUUAUAAUAAUUGUAUGGACAUUUUAGCAGAAAAUAAUAAUAUUUAACUACUAACAGGAUAAGCGGAAGAAAUGGAAUUGAAUGGAUGUAUGGAUAUAACUGUGUGGUCUUAUUCCAGUUUUUAAUUAUUUUAUUUUCUGUAUCUCAUUUUGAUACUAGUUUUGGUAUUUGAUUAGUCUAGUUUUUUUUAAACAAUCUGGGUUUUUUGUGAAUUUGUUGACUGUAAUUUGCAACUGUGAAGUCAAUCUGAGAGACAUGUUACUGUGUUUCAGAAUUCACUGAAGGGUUUUGGAGACUUCUUGGAGAUGUUUCAGAUGAUCGUCAGUCAGUAUCUUUGCUGUUGUGGAUCUGGUCUGAUAAUGCUUAAAAGAGCUUUAGGUACUUUUUUUUCUUUUGUGUAGUAGGGUUGAUAGGGUCAAUAUUAUUCUUGUAUUUACUCCUGAACAAUGGACAUAAUUAUAUUUUUUUCUUGAGGUUGGAAUUUCCAACCAGUAACAAGAGUUGACUCAGUGGAUAAUCUAAAAUGUAAAGAGUGGGUUGUUUUAAAUAAUCAGCGUCCAUGAUUGUGGCUGUGUUCUCUGAUGUAACAGAGCACGCACAUUCACUGUAAAUGUGUAAACAAUAGUAUUAUGGUUAUUUGUUUAUCUUAUUUUGGUGCAUUAUGAAAUCUAAAGAACAAUAACAUCUUCACCAGAGCAUAAACAUAGAGCAUGUUUAUUUGACCUCACAGAGAGUGGGGUUUUCUGUCCAGCGGUAAACAGACAAAUCUUCCACUCUUUACCCCGACUUUUACUGUAACUUGGACCACAGCUGAUUGUAGUUCACGUCUGUUCUUCCACAGUAGUGUCAGUGUACAGUGGCACACUAGUGGAGCUAAAAAUCACCAUGUCAUAUUAUAAAUAGCAGUGUUUUUUGGCUUGAGGUUUUGAGGUGAAUCUGUGGACCGCUGGCUCCCACAGUCCAGCGCUGCUUGUAGGCUGAGAAAGUUGUCACUUCCACUUUACACCAAGUCUCUACCUAGACCUUGUCUGUGUUACUACACCAAACACACAAACAAGAACACGUCUACCUCAGAAAGGACUGCUGCCAUGACUACUCGAAAAUCACAGUUAUUUAAGUGACAUAAUGUCCUCUGCAAACAA